UUCCGGUGCCUGCUCCCCCUUCUCCUGGCAUCCACGCCGACCUAGAUGCUGCUGGAGGAUCUGCAAGGGACCUCAGCAGAGCCCCAGUCCUUCCUCCACCAUGUGGCUUCUCCUCGGCUUCUCCCUCCUUCUGGCAUCUGCAGCCGCCCAGGAGGACCGAGCCCAGACAAACCGCGGGGAGGAGUGUGUGCCAUACUCGCAGCCCUGGCAGGUGGCUCUCUUCGAGCGCGGGCGCUUCAACUGCGGUGCCUCUCUCAUCUCCCCAUUCUGGGUGCUGUCCGCCGCCCACUGCCAGACCCGCUUCAUGAGGGUGCGCCUGGGCGAGCACAACCUACGCCAACACGACGGCCGGGAGCAGCUGCGCAUGGUCUCGCGCGUGAUCCCGCACCCGCGCUACAAGGCGCGCAGCCACCUCCACGACCUGAUGCUGCUGCGCCUGGUCCGGCCCGCGCGCCUCUCGGCCCAGGUGCACCCGGUGGCGCUGCCCGCUCGCUGCCCGCGCGCUGGAGAGGCCUGCUUGGUGUCCGGCUGGGGCCUGGUGUCCAACGACAAGCAGAGCCACAAAGGAGGCUCGGGGUCAUCUCAAGUGAUCCUCCCGGACACCCUGCAUUGUGCCAACAUCAGUGUCAUCUCGGAUGAAUCUUGUAACAAGGACUACCCCGGGCGCCUGACGAAAACCAUGGUUUGCGCAGGCGUGGAGGGUGGAGGCACCGACUCCUGCGAGGGUGACUCCGGGGGGCCCCUGGUCUGUGGGGGCGCCCUGCAGGGCAUCGUGUCUUGGGGUGAUGUCCCCUGUGACACCACCACCAAGCCUGGUGUCUAUACCAAAGUCUGCAACUACCUGCAGUGGAUCAGGGAAACUAUUUCAAGAAACUGAUGGCUUUGGCCUCCUAUCUGCCCCCUGACUGAGCAGAAGCCACCAGAUAUGACCAGCAGCCCCACCCUGCCCCAGAACAGAACUAGGUCAGCCCCUGAGACCCUGCCCCAGGCCUAGAUGUUUGCUGAGGACUUGCCUCUCUUGAGCUGGUGCUCAAGGUCAUAUGUUCGACGCCCGGAUAACAGAGUGCUGGUGCUAGUGUAUCUCUAGCAGAUUCCAUUCAUUCUUCCAGUGAAGAAGAGGAAGGGGAGUCAGAGACUCCCAGUGGACACCAUUCCUUCUCAUGCCCUUCCUGACCCUGAGAUGAGAAGUGGGCUUCAGCAGAGCUCUGUUCACUCAACAUACUGGACUGUCUGUGAUCUUGAGCCCUGGACCUCACUUCAUUCAGCCUCAC